CAAAUGUGUCGCGUUUGUUGCGGGCGUCGGUUCGUCUCCCCGAUCUCGUUCCCGUUCUCGUUCUGGUUCUCGUUUCCGUUCUCCUUCUCAUGCCCAACUCUCGAUUGAGAUUACGGAGUGGCGUGUAAAGUGCAGUGAAGUGCUUAACUGAUAAGAGUCAGCAAGUUAGUUAGUUAGUUAUUAGCUGCUAGUCAUGACCAAGUACAACAAUACAAAUGCCAUGUUAGCCGGCGCCGGAGCAGUUGCAGCCACAAAUCAUAACAUUAAACAGGAAUAUCUCAGUUAUCCACAGCAGACGCAUCCGGCUGGUUAUCAUCGGUAUCAUGAGAAUAGCUUGCUACAGUCGAAUGUGCAUCACAAUCCGCAGCAGACGCUGCAGCAUUUCUUUAGUCGCUUCAAUGCCGUCGGCGAUGCAAGCAGCGCUGCCUGCAGCUUCAACAAUAGAAGCCACCCGGCCACAGAUGCCGGCAAGCAGCUCUCCAUGACCUCAUCGCCCAUCUACACAACGGACUACGACGAUGAGGACAGCAGUGUCAGCUCCGAGGAGCAUGUGCUUGCCCCACUCGUCUGCGCCUCGGCGCAAUCCUCGCGUCCCUGCCUCACCUGGGCAUGCAAGGCGUGCAAAAAGAAAAAUGUUACCGUUGAUCGACGCAAGGCUGCCACAAUGCGGGAGCGACGACGUCUCCGAAAGGUUAACGAGGCCUUUGAGAUCUUAAAGCGACGCACUUCAUCCAAUCCCAAUCAGCGUCUGCCCAAGGUUGAGAUCUUGCGCAAUGCCAUCGAAUACAUUGAAAGUCUCGAGGAUCUGCUGCAGGAAUCGUCGCCGGCUCGAGAUGGCGACAAUCUGGCGCCCAGUUUGAGCGGCAAGAGUUGUCAGUCUGAUUAUCUGAGCUCGUAUGCCGGAGCGUAUCUGGAGGAUAAACUCAACUUUUACAACAGACACAUGGAGAAAUAUGGACAAUUUACAGAUUUCGAUAGCAGCGCCAGUGCGAAUGUUUCCAGCUUGGAUUGCCUCAAUCUCAUUGUGCAGAGCAUUAACAAGAGCACAACGAGCGCUGUUCAAGCCGCAUCCAGCAAGUCAACAACGACAACCACAGCUCCAUCCCUAUCCUCAUCCUUAUCCUCGUCCAAUACAACGUCAGCAUCUAAGGGCGCGACUUCAUCACUACAUACAAACUUUAAACAAAAGUGUAGCACCUAGCAUUAAGCAUUAAAU